AUGAAUGGAGCUGUAGAGGCUGCCAACAAGAAUAUCAAGAAGAUUCUGAGGAAAAUGAUCGACAAUCACCGAGGUUGGCAUGAGUUGUUGCCAUAUGCUCUGUUGGAUUACCAAACAAAUGUCAGAACAUCGGUUGGGGUUACUCCAUAUCUGCUAGUAUAUGGAACAGAAGCAGUCAUACCUGCUGAAGUCGAGAUACUGUCUUUGAGAAUCAUUCAAGAAGCUGAUUUAGGUAAUGUCAAAUGGGUUGGCAAGCGGAUUGACCAAUUAACAUUGAUUGAUGAGAAUAGAAUGGUUGCCGUUUGUCAUGGUCAACUAUAUCGACAGAGAAUGAUUCGCGCUUUCCACAAGAGAGUUAGAGCCAUAAUUUUUGAAAUUGGUAAGUUAGUACUUAAUCGCAUUUUUCCUCAUCAAGAUGAGUACAAAGGAAAAUUUGCACCAAAUUGGCAAGAACCCUACAUGGUUCGCAAAAUAUUAUUAGGAGGUGCUUUGGUCCUAUCAGAGAUGGAUAGAACUGUAUGA